AUGGCACCCCGACGAAACACCACUAACGGCCGCGGUGUCCAGGCCGAGGACACAAAGAUCUGUGUCGUCAUGGUCGGCCUCCCUGCGCGGGGAAAAAGCUAUAUUGCACAGAAAGCCCAGCGAUACCUGCAAUGGCUAUCGAUUGACGCCAAAGUGUUCAAUGUUGGCAACUAUCGCCGCACCAACGCGCCCCAGCCAUCAGCCGACUUCUUCGACACCGGCAAUGCGGAGGGCGAGCGUAGCCGGCGAGCCGCUGCCGAGGCAGCCAUAUCCGACAUGAUUGGGUGGUAUCGGCAGGGCGGCACGGUGGGCAUUCUGGAUGCGACCAACUCAACCAAGGACAGGCGGAAAUGGGUCUGGGACAAGUGCGCCGCCGAGGGCAUCGAAGUUCUCUUUGUCGAGUCGAAAUGCGACGACGAGGACCUCAUCAUGGCGAACGUCCGCGACGUUAAGACGACAAGCCCAGACUACGUCGGCCAGGACCCGGACGAGGCCAUGCUCGACUUCCGGAACCGUAUCAAGAUGUACGAGAAGGUCUACAAGACCAUCGACGGCGACGGCGACGAGAGCCACUACACAUACCUCAAGAUCCUCGAUGUCGGCAGCCAGGUCGUCAUCAACCGUAUCCAGGACUACCUGCAGAGCCGCGUGGUGUACUAUCUCAUGAACCUGCACAUUCGUCCGCGCUCCGUUUGGCUGUCCAGACACGGAGAGUCCAUGUACAACCUUGACGGACGUAUCGGCGGUGAUGCGCAGUUGUCACCCAGAGGAGAGCAGUAUGCACGGAAACUGCCUGAGCUUGUGCGCCAAUCAGUAGGAGGCGACCGGCCACUCACGGUGUGGACAUCGACACUGAAGCGCACAAUCGCCACGGCGCGGUUCUUGCCGGACGACUACAACCAACUCCAAUGGAAGGCGCUUGAUGAGCUUGAUGCUGGACUCUGCGACGGCAUGACGUAUCAGGAGAUAAAAGACAUAUACCCCGAAGACUUUGUUGCGCGAGACGAAGACAAGUACAACUAUCGGUAUCGCGGAGGCGAGUCAUAUCGGGAUGUUGUGAUCCGACUGGAGCCUAUCAUCAUGGAGCUGGAACGAUCCGAGGACAUCCUGAUCGUGACCCACCAGGCGAUCCUCCGCUGCAUCUACGCAUACUUCAUGAAGAAGGAUCACACCAAGAGCCCGUGGAUGAACGUGCCGCUGCACUGUCUGAUCAAGCUGACGCCUCGGGCUUAUGGAACCGACGAGGAGCGUUACGUCGCAGACAUUCCUGCAGUCAGCACCUGGCGCGGCAAGGGCAGUACAGCAAAGCACGAAGACCCUGUGGCCGCCGCCUAG